AUGGCCAUCAACACGUCCACCGUGGCUCAAGCAGUCACUGUUAGUUUACAGGAACUUAUUGAGGGAACUGUCUCUUUUGAUACCCUGACCGAGGCUUUCGGACCCGAGUCCCUGGGCAUUAUUGUUGUAAAAGAUUUGCCCCAGACAUUUACUGAGCUACGUGCAAAGGUUCUUUCGAAUGCCUCGCAUCUAGCAGCGCUGUCAGAUGCGGAACUAGAAAAUCUCACCAGCCCAGAAUCAAAGUAUCUGGUUGGCUGGUCCUGUGGCAAGGAAACUUUGAAAUCCGGCCAUUUUGACACGCUCAAGGGCUCUUACUAUGUGAAUUGCGCCUUCUAUCAGGACCCAUCGCUGGAUAGUGCGCCAGCCGAUGGAUUCCCAGACCUGCCCCAGUAUACCGCGCCGAACAUCUGGCCAUCCGAGGCGAAAUUACCCGAAUUCAGGGGUAGCGUGGAGUCCCUCUGUGGCUUGAUCAUCGAUACCGCCGCGCUGGUCGCCAAGGCCUGUGAUCGGUACGCCGAGGCCAAUAUCGAGGGCUACAAGCCUGGGUAUCUGCACCAUGUCGUCACGACCAGUCUGACCACCAAGGCCCGUCUCCUACACUACUUCCCGGGCAGUGAGGAACAAACCGAGGCCAGCGACGACGACUGGUGUGCGACCCAUCUCGACCAUGGUUGUCUGACGGGCUUGACAUCGGCCAUGUUCCUUGACGAGGCUGCCUCCCCUCCCAGCAAUACGAGUGUUCUCCCCGAGCUCCCCCGCUCCCCCGACCCAUCUGCAGGUCUGUAUAUUCGAUCUCGCACAGAUGAGAUCGUCAAAGUCAAUAUUCCUAAAGAUUGUCUGGCUUUUCAGACUGGGGAAGCUCUACAGCUCAUCACCCGUGGCAAGUUCAUGGCCGUGCCACACUUUGUGAAGGGGGCCAAGGCUAGUCCUGGACAGAAGAUCGCGAGGAAUACCCUCGCUGUGUUUACGCAGCCAAAUUUGGCAGAGGAGGUUCAACCCGGCUUGAGUUUUGCGGAGUUCGCAAGAGGCGUUGUACAGAAGAACUAUUGA